CCCCCAUCCUAUCCCCCAUUGAAACCAGUCACUGCCAUGGGUUGGUGGUGGAGCUCCGCCCCUAAAGAGGGCCAGUCUUCUGCGCCUGCUGCCUCCAGUCCUCCUGCCUCACAACCCCCUCCAGAGACCACCUCCGCACCUUCACAACCACCGCAACCCCGGACUCUCACCCGCGAGGAGCAGGCUGACGCAGAAUGGAAGAAGUUGAUCGCCAGUCUGGAGAGCGACAUCAGUGGUCAAAAGCAGCAGCAGCAGCAGCAGACACAAUCCGCUGGUAAUUCCACAUCAUCCGACUCCACAUCAUCACCAUCCUCCACCGAUCCUCAAGCACCUCCCUCGUCCAUUGCUCCCGAAUCCCUCUACGAUGAUACCAUGUCUUGUCGCUCCGCAUUCGACUACGCGUUCUUCUGUCAGUCCUUUGGAGGCCAGUUUGUCAACGUCUACCGCUAUGGUGAGCUGCGGUCUUGCAGCGAACACUGGGACAACUUCUGGAUGUGCAUGAAGACCCGCACGUUACCGGAUCAGCAGCGCCGGAAGGCAAUCCGCGAUCACAACCGGAAGAAGGCCAUCAAGUACAAGACAGGGCCCAGCAGCGAGGACGUGUGGGACGUGCGGACAGAGCCGGUGCAAAAUGCGUUCUCCGGGGAUUUCGCGGCCCUGGAACGGGAAAUGCAGGCAGAGGAAGAAGAAGCAGCGCGGCAGAAAGCUGCUACAGCCUAAAAAAGAAGCCAACCAAUCAUGACCCCAUCCAUUUUUUCUCGUCUUUGUGUCAGAUCUUUCACACAUACCAAGGGAUCUCCCAAUUUUUUUCAUGUUUCGAUACCAUGUAGAUGGAUACCUCUCCCCGAACUCGUGGGGCACGUUGUACAAUAGCAUUAGCAGAAAUCAAUCACCUAUCAUCAUCUGAGCAUAUCAAUUGUCUCAGCCACCAACCUCAGGACAAAGGAAAUCUCCGUCUCCAACACACACAAUAAAGCGACUUGCUUCCGACGGACAAUCCCGAUGUGUCUUUAUUCAUCCUGACUUGUCCUGUUCUGCGCAGCUCCUAUAUAUAGACCUCACAUAGCAACACCCUUGUCAACCAUUAGCAA